AUGAGACGGCAAGUACUGUUGUUUAUCUCGAUCCUCUCUUUUAGUUCGGUCUUUGGCCAGGUCAGCUACUCUAUUCCGGAGGAAAUGGCGAAAGGCUCUUUGGUUGGUAAUAUCGCUCAGGAUUUAGGUUUAGACGUUAAACGACUGAAGUUGGGCAACGCUCGUGUUUAUUCUGGUGAUAGCAGAGAAUACAUCGAGCUGAAUAGCGAAAGAGGAGUCCUCCUUAUCAAAGAGAGAAUAGACAGAGAGGCGUUGUGCGGUGAUACGACCCCGUGUGCUGUGCAUUUUCAGAUUGUGUUAGAGAAUCCUAUGGAAUUUUACAGUGUAACGGUUGAAAUUACAGAUGUUAACGAUAAUGCACCGUCUUUCGAAAAAAGCGACAUUAAAUUCAGAAUCAGCGAGUCUGCAGUUGUCGGGGCCAAAUUUGUUUUAGAAAGAGCAGUGGAUUUAGAUGUAGGAAUAAAUAGUCUUCAAAGCUACGUUCUCAAGCCAAGUGAUAAUUUUUUACUUAAACUGCACAACCAAGCAGAUGGUUCAAAGAACGUUGAGAUGGUCUUACAAAAAUCUCUGGACAGGGAGAAAAACGAGUUAAUUUCUCUGGCGUUGACGGCUGUAGAUGGAGGAGAACCACAGAUGUCGGGAACAAUGCAGAUCCUCAUCACCGUGUUAGAUGCCAAUGACAAUGCGCCUGUUUUUACACAGCCCAUAUAUAAAGGCAGUGUAGCGGAAAAUAGCGCAACGGGCACGAUCGUGACCACUGUCAGUGCUUCAGAUGCUGAUCAUCAAUUAAAUGGCAAAGUAACAUACUCAAUCACAAACACGUUCGAUGACGUCAGACACAUGUUUGACGUGAAUGAGGACAGCGGUGAGGUUAGGUUGACUGGACAUUUGGAUUAUGAAAAGAAACGAAACUUUCAGAUAAAUGUACGCGCAAUGGAUAACGGGGGGCUAACUGAUUCUUGUAAAGUGAUAGUCGAUGUCAUCGAUAUAAAUGAUAAUGAACCACUGAUUAAAAUCAUGUCUAAAUCAGCUAUUAUAUCAGAGAGUGCAAACCCUAAUACAGUCGUUACAAUGAUUAACAUCCAAGACCCAGACUCAGAUGAGAAUGGUAAAGUUCAGUGUUUUAUAAAUGAGAAUAUUCCUUUUAUCUUGAAAUCAUCCUCAAAUAAUUUCUAUAGCUUGGUAACAGACAGUGAUUUAGACAGAGAGAGAUCCUCGGAUUAUAAUAUAACGGUGACCUGCUCUGAUGAGGGAGAGCCCUCCCUCUCCAGCAGCGUCACUCUCACCUUACAGAUCUCUGAUGUGAAUGAUAACGCGCCUGUCUUUGAGAGGAGCUCAUAUGAGGCCUACAUUGUAGAAAACAACACACCAGGUCUCUCUAUAUUCACAGUGAAAGCCAGAGACGCUGACUGGAACCAGAAUGCCCGUGUUUCUUACAUACUGGAGGACUCCUCUGUUAACGGAGUGCCAGUCUCCUCAUAUGUGUCCGUUAGCGCUGAUAGUGGAGUCAUCCAUGCAGUGCGCUCUUUUGACUACGAGCAGAUCAAAGAUUUCCACUUCCGUGUCAAAGCUCAGGAUGGAGGCUCCCCUCCACUCAGUAGCAAUGUGACUGUGAAAGUAAUGAUCCAGGACCAGAACGACAACCCUCCUCAGGUUCUGUACCCAGUCCAGACUGGUGGCUCUCUGGUGGCUGAGAUGGUGCCUCGUUCAGCAGAUGUGGGCUAUCUGGUCACUAAAGUGGUGGCUGUUGAUGUGGACUCUGGACAGAAUGCCUGGCUCUCCUAUAGACUGCAGAAAGCCACAGACAGGGCGCUGUUUGAAGUGGGCUUACAGAAUGGAGAAAUAAGAACUAUCCGCCAAGUCACUGAUAAAGAUGCUGUGAAACAAAGACUGACUGUUAUAGUGGAGGACAACGGGCAGCCCUCUCGUUCAGCUACAGUCAUUGUUAACGUGGCGGUGGCGGACAGCUUCCCUGAAGUGCUGUCUGAGUUCACUGACUUUACACAAGACAAGGAGUACAAUGACAACCUGACUUUCUACUUAGUGUUGGCUUUGGCUGUAGUUUCCUUCCUCUUCAUCACGUGUUUAGUGGUUAUUAUAUCAGUGAAGAUCUACAGGUGGAGACAGUCUCGCGUCAUGUAUCACUCCAAUCUCCCUGUGAUUCCGUAUUAUCCACCACGUUACUCAGACACUUUGGGGACAGGGACUCUCCAACACGUGUACAACUACGAGGUGUGCAGGACGACUGACUCCAGAAAGAGUGACUGUAAGUUCGGCGGAGCCGGUAGUCAGAACGUGCUGAUAAUGGACCCCAGUUCUACAGGGACGAUGCAGCGGAUACAGAGUGAAAGGAGCAUCCUGGAUGAACCAGACUCUCCUCUAGAGGUUAGCACUUUCUAG